AUGCCGCGUCUCGGCGAGCAGCUGCCCUCGCGGCAUCAUCGAAUCUUUAGCAUCAUGCUCGUCGCCGCCCUCUCUGCCGCCUCCCUCGUCGGCUUCAUCUGCUACACCGAGGCGCCGCUCAUGUCCUUGCGUGACUGGGCCACGUCGACGACGACAGCAGCGGACACGACGGCGCAGAUUCCGCCGCAGCUGGACAGCAGCCCUGACGUCAACCUGCAGGGCCACCGGCACCGCUUCGACGAUCUCACCAUGAUCGAGCGGCUCCCGCGGCACCUGCUCCCGACUGCCGCCAACGGGCGUCGUCUGCUCAUCAUCGGCGACAUCCACGGCAUGGACGCCGCCCUGGACAGACUCCUCGCCCACGUCGACUUCGACCCUGCCACGGACCACAUCGUCGCCGCGGGCGACAUGAUCAACAAGGGCCCGCACUCGGCCCGCGUCGUCGCCCGCCUCAUGGACCUCGGCGCCUCGGCCGUCCGCGGCAACCACGAGGACCGCGUGCUGCUGGCGCUGGCGUCCGAGGCCGAGCAGGACGAGGCCGCCGAGAGCGUGCCGUUUCCGGAGUUCCAGGAGCGCCGCAGCAAGAAGCGCGAUCGGAAGACGGCGCGCCAGUUGUCCCCGGCGCAGCUCCGGUGGCUGGCGGAGAGACCGCUGAUACUCACGGCCGAGGAGCUGGGCAUGUAUGUUGUGCAUGCGGGCCUGGUGCCGGGUAUACGGCCCCGGAAGCAGGAUCCGUGGGCGGUGAUGAAUAUGCGCUCGCUGAUUGAGCCGCCGAGGCACCACCUCGCGUACCAGGCGCCCGGGCAGGACGACGGGUACCUGCACGAGGACGGAGACGAGGAGGGCGAGGACGCGCACGCUAGCUUCACCCUCAAGGACCUCAUCCCGGUCGACACACACGAGGGCCGCGAGUGGGCCGAGCUCUGGGACCGUCAGCAGGCGCAGAUCCCAAAGGCGGCCCGCCACACUGUCGUCUACGGCCACGAUGCCAAGCGCGGCCUCACCCUGGGCAAGCACACGUUUGGCCUCGACUCGGCGUGCGUCAACGGCGGCGAGCUCACGGCCCUGGUCAUUCAUGUUGGUAAAAAGGGCCACGUGAAGCGCAAGAUUCGCCAGGUGCCUUGCAAACGAUACGCGACUCCACCGGAUCUACAUCUUGAGAAGCUGAACCACGUGGCUUCUCUUCAUGCUCUGAAGAUGCUGGCUAUUCCUGCACUGCCCGGUCUACGCUCCGAUUCGGCGGCCGAUCGUGCCAAGGCCAAGGCGGAAGCAAGCUGGGGUAAACUCGCCGCCGGGAGGGAAUGCUGA